AUGGACGAGUCGUGGGACACCCCGUGGUCCUUGUAUGGUGGCAUGGAAUGGGACUCCGAGAGCGACGAUAGCUCAAGCAAAGAGAUGGAUCUCGCUCCGAAUCCGCUUUCCGCACCGGGCGAUGGCAUCGAAGGUGAUGGAGUCGCUACCAGCACUCCUUCGUCUACCCGCGGCCAGGAGAGUCUCGUCGAUACUGCAGCAUCCUCUCGCACGAUUGAGGAAUUGAUCGCUUCGCUCCCUCAGGAGCUCAAGGGCGAGAUACUCGAUCUCACACUGCCCGCCUCAAUCCCCAGCAAAAGCCAUCUCCAAUGGGACCACCUGCGUCAAGCAUACGUUACCUCUAGCACAGAAGAGUUCCGCCAGACGCAAUCCGCGUUCGUUUAUCGGCACCGUCCUAAUGCGCACAGUGCUCGUUUCAACGACAUGCAGCCCGGAAUCUACCGUUUCAUCGACAUUGAUGCUUUUGACACAAUGAAACGCACGCUCGUCUUUAAGAAGGAUGCAAAGCUGGAUAACGUCAUACCAUUGUUCACCUCGCACCAGUACAAGACUCCUCUCGCACUUCAACUCAAUUCCGAGUCGAGAGCUUUUUGGGAGAAAGAGUUCUAUGGCAAUACUGUGUUCUGGGUUCCUGCUCGUGCUGUUCCGGCCUUUAACUCCUGGAUUCGGAAGAUGGAUGUGCGUCAGCGAGAUAAGAUGACCUUCUUUCUCGGGGUUGAAGGCUGA